CUCUAGGCACGCAACGUGCCCCUGUUCAGUUGACUGGGAAGCCCCUAGCGCGGAGCUGCCAACGCCCGGCGUAAAGACACAAAUAGAAGAUACGAUCUUGAAUGAGUAGCGAAGACUGUAAAUCACAGCUAUGCAGACCAUCAAGUGUGUUGUAGUGGGGGACGGUGCUGUGGGUAAAACAUGCCUGCUCAUCUCUUACACCACAAACAAGUUCCCCUCUGAAUAUGUACCUACGGUGUUUGAUAAUUAUGCGGUAACUGUAAUGAUCGGAGGCGAGCCCUACACCUUGGGCUUGUUUGAUACAGCUGGUCAGGAAGACUACGACAGGUUACGACCUCUGAGUUAUCCCCAGACAGAUGUCUUCCUAGUCUGUUUUUCCGUCGUGUCCCCAUCCUCCUUUGAAAACGUCAAAGAAAAGUGGGUUCCAGAGAUCACCCACCACUGUCCAAAGACCCCCUUCCUGCUAGUUGGGACUCAGAUUGACUUGCGGGAUGACCCCUCCACUAUAGAGAAGCUGGCCAAGAAUAAGCAGAAGCCCAUCACCCCGGAGACGGCCGAGAAGCUGGCGAGAGACCUCAAGGCUGUGAAAUAUGUGGAGUGCUCAGCCCUCACGCAGAAAGGCCUAAAGAAUGUGUUUGAUGAGGCGAUAUUGGCUGCAUUGGAGCCCCCAGAGCCCAAGAAGAAACGCAAAUGCGUGCUGCUAUGAGAGGCUCCCACCUUUUUCAAACCACACACACAUUACACAUACAUCUUAAAUACACACACACACACACACACACACACACACACACACACACACACACACACACACACACACACACACACACACACACACACACACACACACAUCCACACACAUCCCCCCGCCCUCCAUAGAGAAGACUAGAAGUGAAACAUCCCUCAGAUAACUCUCUGCAAUAAUACGAAGAAGCAGGUGGACAUAGUCUCGGCGGGGGUCCAGAUAUCGAGCUUACAUACAAGUAGAAUCCAUUCUGUCGAGCUUUUGAUAGAUUUUGAAGCAGCCAGGUCAACUUUUAGAAGUCAUUUAGACAUCUUCAGCCAAUGUAAAGGGUUCCAUGGAUAUAUAGAAAUAAAGCCCCCCCCCCUAGCCCAUCCCAGCUGUCUGAUUGGGUGCUGAUCACACUGCUGACAACAGCACCACCAAUAGAAAUGCUAACAAAGUAGUGUUUUGUUUGCCAAUACCCCCCCCCCCCUUCUUUUUUUCACUAGACAAGAUAUUUAUUCCAUGUUCUGGAAAGACGCGCUCUUAACCACUAAAGGAAACAAGCGGCAAUACAACUCCACAUCCAGAGAAAUGUAACAUAUUGCCAUUUAGUAUCCAGUUCUGUUUUUCUGAAGGAGAGUCGUAACCACGUGAAGAGCUAAAAGGCAUCCGGUAGAAAUGGUUCCACUAAAGGAAUUAGCCUUUUUAUUUUUAUUUUUUUUUAGAUGCAGGGAACUCAAACAGUGUUAGCGGAACGAGCGGUGUGUUCUUCAUGCGAUGCCAGGGACCAAGGGAGGGUCAUCCCCGUACACUUAGAGCGGGUACAGCAGAGACACACGUUUGACAUCAGCAGAUCCAGAUUAGAUGAAUGAAUUUCCGUCAGAUUUCGGCGCCUUCUCUCCUGUACCCGCUCGACCUGUACGUGGCUGCUGAGCCCUGGAUCUUUGUUUCUACAUGCUAGUUUUAACAGAUGUAAUUAUAAUGUAAGAUGGCACACGAUGUUGAUGUAGGCUCCAGGUGUUUUUACCAAAAUAUUGUUUUUUUCUUCAUUAUUUUCUGUUUGUGCUGUUUUUAUUUUUUAUUAUAUAUAUAAAUAUAUUAAAAAAAAGGUUACUUUCACUCCUUUUUACAUUUUUAAGGGUCAUAUGAACUCUUUACCUGCCAGGUAUACCAAGAACACGCUCUGAUUGGUUCAGUUAAUAAAAAGAAAAAGAAAACCUCCAACGGCAGAGAGACUGUUUUGGUUCAAGAUUGUUUGUGAUUGGGUGGUCCUUGUUUUUUCUUUAACUGGUGGCUUAGAGUUGGGUUCAUUUCCAGCCCAAAGUCAGUAUAAUUAUUAUAACCUGUUGUUGUUUUGGUGCAGAAACCAAAUGCUCUGUCUAAAGUCUUUGUUCUUUGUAUAUGCAUUCUUUAAAAAAAUAUUAAACUUAUACCUUAAUUGCCUUUA